GCAGGCAGCUGUGACGCACACGGCGGCGGUGCCACGGCGUGCGCGGCAAAGGCGAGAGCGCUCUCUCGCCCCCACCGCCAUCGUCAGCGAUCGCCCGGCCGUCCAAACCCCCAGGACCGAAGCCGCUCCGGCCGCCAGCUAGGGUUUCCUGCGAGGGCCAUGAAGCGGCGCGGCGGCGGCGGCGGCGGGAGGCGGAGCAAGGUGACGCCGAACCUGGGGGCGGACCGGGAGGGCACGCGGCUGCUCAACCUCACCGUGCUGCGCCGCCUCGACCCCGCCGUCGCCGACAUCCUCAUCACCGCCGCCAGCGUCACCGCCUACAGCUUCGACCAGGACACGGCCCGAUGGAGCCACAAGGGCGUGGAGGGGUCCCUCUUCGUCGUCAAGAGGAACACCCAACCCAGAUUCCAGUUUCUCGUCAUGAAUCGUCGAAAUACAGAAAAUCUGGUCGAGGAUCUGCUGGACGGUUUUGAAUACCAGGCGGAAGUUCCUUACAUAAUAUACAGGAAUGCUGCAUCCGAAAUUAUUGGAAUUUGGUUCUAUGAACCUGAGGAAUGUGGAGAAGUGGUGCAUAUUUUCAGUAGGAUACAUAAAGCAUAUUCCAGGGCGUCCCCAAAGAAAAUGGUUCCUUCAGUUCAAAGUUUCAGUGAUUUUGAAGAGCUGGAAGUAGCAUCUGAUGUUCCCUCAUCUGAAGAAGAUACCCUAGAGCAGCCAACAACAUCAUCUAGUAUGGUACCUGGCAGUGUUGGAUACAAGUUAUUCCCAGCUUUGAUAACAGCAGCGGCAUGCGUUGGAGCACCUACGGGUGGAGCAGGUCCAGUACAGCCAAAUCAACCUAUCAGGGCGGUUCCUUCAUCCAGGCAUGCAUCACCAGCGCCUAGUGCUGUUUCGUCACAGCCUCCUGCCUCGCAUAAUCUGCUUCCGCCUUCACGAGCGUUGUCAGCUACCAUGGUUCCCCCGGAUGCUCAUGUACCCACCAGCGCUCCUACCAUUCAGGCUGCUAGUCUUACAAAACUACCAUUCUUUCCGCCCAUUCCCACCACAUCUCCGCAAGCAACAACAGCUCAUGCUGCUUUUCCAUCUUCUGCUCCACCCCCAUUUCUUCCUCCCCUUGUCAUUCAGCACCAGCAGAGUGCUACUCCCUUUCUCCAGCCAUUUCCACUACCCUCUGCUCCUCCUCCACUUGAUCCUCCGCACAGGCAAAGUGCUCCCUUGCCCCAGCAGCCCUUUGCACAAUCCACUGCUCCUCCUCCACUUGAUCCUCAGCACAGGCAAAGUGCUCCCUUGGCCCAGCCCUUUACACAAUCCACUGCUCCUCCUGCACUUGAUCCUCAGCAGAGGCAAAGUGCUCCCUUGUUCAAGCCCUUUCAACUAUCCUCUGCCCCUCCCCCACCUCGUCCUCAGCACUGGCAAAGGUCUCCCUCGCUCGACCACUUUGCACGGCCCGCUGAAUGCCCCCCUCCACCGUAUGGCGCGCUGUUGCUUCAGCCAUUUCCACCGCCUAACCCUCCUCCCCCACUGCUUGCCCCAACAGCAUCGUAUGGCCCAGAGAUACUAUCAAGAGACAAACUCAGAGGUGCAUUGCUGAGGCUUGUGCAGAAUGAUGAUUUCAUCGACAUGUUGUACCGGGAGAUUGUAAAAGGGUAGCAGUGCCUUUGAAGUUGAGCAACGGACGUAUCUGCUACAGGCUUGCCUUGUGUUUCAUGUGGUGCGUUUCGUCAAGGCCUGCGUAGACAGAGAUGUGCAUCUCACAUCACAUACCUGUAGAGUCUAACAUAGUUUAGACUGCAGUGUCGAGACUUGGCGGGGAAAAAAAAGAACUCGUGUCGAGUUGUUUUGAGUUGUACAACCUCUGUACUGGAACUAAGUUAGCCUACUGAAACUACAAAUAUUCUGGUACAGAGGGAGUAACUACUAAUAUUACUGUCGGAAACCAAGUUUCACUCCAAA